AUGACGCUGGUCUUCCGGACAAUCUGGAUCCAACCAUCCUCCAUGUCAGCCAGUGUUUCUCAAAGUGUGCAGAAUUUUGAGCGACUACUGCGAGCUAUCUAUGCACCUCAAAAUAUUUAUUGUGUCCACGUGGACAAAAAAACAGAGGCCUCAGCCCUUGCUGCCAUCAUGGCCAUCACUUCCUGUUUUCCCAACGUCUUCCUGGCCAGUCGGCCUGUGAGUGUGGUCUAUGCUGCUUGGCCACGCGUCCAGGCUGACCUGAACUGUAUGGCUGAUCUUUAUAAUGUCAGUACAGAAUGGAAAUACUUCAUCAACGUUUGUGGCCAAGAUUUCCCUCUGAAAACCAAUUUGGAAAUUGUGAGGACACUACGUUCAUUGAAGGGCCGGAACAGCAUGGAGUCAGAAAAAAUGCCAGAUGGAAAGAUUUGGAGGGUGACAAAUGCUCACCGGAUAGUUGAUGGAGGAAUCGAGGGGACGGGACAGAAAAAGACGCCACCUCCCUUCAACCUGCCCAUUCUGUCAGGAAAUGCCUACAUUGUGGUCAGCCGAGGUUACAUCCGCAGUGUGCUGGAAGAUGAGCGAAUACAGACGCUGAUGGAGUGGGCCAAAGACACCUACAGUCCUGAUGAGUUUCUCUGGGCGACUAUUCAACGAAUGCCUGGUGUUCCUGGCUCAACAAGGCCCCAUCGUAAAUACGACAUGACAGAUAUCAAUGCAAUUGCUCGGCUGGUGAAGUGGCAGGGGCAUGUGGGUCCAAAGGAUUCCCUGGAUGCGGUGUAUCCACAAUGUCAUGGCGAUUAUGUGAGGGGAAUAUGUGUGUAUGGGGCUGGAGACCUGCAAUGGAUGAUUGCUCAGCAUCACCUCUUUGCCAAUAAGUUUGACAUCAACACAGAUCCCAUUGCUAUCUACUGCUUGGAGAAAUAUCUGAGACUGAAGGCGCUGGCUGAGUCAUAUUAGAUGGAGAUAUUUCUGGUAACCAAGAAUGAGUCAGAACAAAAUGCUACUGUUUUUGAUGAUAGCAGAACUGACAGGGUGAAUACAUUCAUCUUGUUUUGUGUAAAAUAUUCACCUCUCAGCCACAACAUUGACGCCACCUGCCUGAUAUUAUUGUGUUCGUCUCUCUCAUGCUGCCACAUCAGUACUAAAUCCUUGGAGAGUGGGGGUGCUCUUAGCUCAAUUGAACAGUGAGUGCCAAAAAAGCAGGAACCAAGGUUUCCCAACAGAAAAUUACAUUGCAUCAAGACAAUCAUUUACUCGCAUCACUCACCGGUGGCGAGGCAAUAUAGUUUUUGGGGGUAUAAAGAUUGUAAUCUUCUGCCACGCACAAAACUUUUUUGGGAGAUGCUGUUAUUUAUUAAGUUAGAGAUUAGAUAGAUAGAUUCUUCAUUGU